GGGAUUUUGAAUGCAGCUUUCAGAUAAACAGACGUGCAACAUGCAGACAGUGGAUGAGUUUAUGAGAGCAGGGAAACACUCUGUAAUGCUGACAUUUGUUUAAAGCAGAGGCUGCUUUGGCUGCUGUAUUUUGUGCCCGAGAAGUUCAAAGUUCAGACUAACAUUAUUACAAUGGUGUCUUAUAAGAGGCUGAAUCCAGAAAACGUUCAGUUUUCUGGUGCACUUUUAUCAGAAGAGCAUCAUCGUCCAGCUCAAGAAGAUGUGGCCGUGCCACAGCCAGACAGCACCUCUCUGCUCCCCAGAAGGCUGUCAUGCUCAGUCACCAAAGCUGUGCUGAUACUCGGCAGCCUGAUGCUGGUCCUGUUCGGGGGCUGGCUGCUGCACACCAUAUACUGGCUGCGCACCACAUCCGGCCAGGCGCACCGGCCGCCGCCGCCAGGGCCAGGGCAGGUUCUGGGCCCUGUGUUACAAGCAGACAUAAACGACACGGCGACCGCUGCACGUUCCAAAGCUUGCAGUGCCAUCCCAGAGGCGUGGAGGUUCGAUUGCUACCCCGAGAAAGCGGUGGUUGUGACCCGGGAGUUGUGCGAGGCCAGGAGCUGCUGCUUCAUCCCCGCUUCUGGUUCAACUAGAGGCAGAUCUAGGAAAAAUGGUAUCCCAUGGUGUUUCUAUCCCCCUGACUUCCCCUCAUACUCUUUGGUGUCAUGGAAAGAGACGUCGAUGGGACUCAAAGGUACCUUGGUAAAAGAUGUGAAGACUUACUACCCUGGAGACAUCCUCACUCUGGAGAUGGAGAUAAGACACGAAACGGACACACGCCUGCGUGUCAGGAUAACAGACCCCUCCAGUUCACGCUUUGAGGUCCCACUCUCUGUCCCCACGGCCACCAAGAAAGCAGAAACCCCCAAGUACGUCGUAGAGCUUUCAAAGCAGCCCUUUGGUCUCGUGGUGAAGAGGAAGUCUACAGGAACCGUGCUCCUGAACACCACAGUGGCGCCGCUCUUCUACGCUGAUCAGUUCCUCCAGUUCUCCACCUCCCUGCCCAGUCAGUUCAUUUAUGGCCUGGGUGAACACCGCUCCACCUUUCUGCACGACGUCCAGUGGAACACACUGACCAUGUGGGCCAGAGAUGUUCCUCCCACGGAACGGACAAACCUCUACGGGGUUCAUCCAUUUUAUCUGGCGAUGGAGGACGGUGGGGAUGCACACGGCUUCUUCCUGCUGAACAGCAACGCCAUGGAUGUGGCCCUCCAGCCGGGCCCCGCCCUGACCUGGCGUGCCAUCGGAGGAAUCCUGGACUUCUACGUGUUCCUCGGUGCGGAUCCUGGUUCAGUCGUUCAGCAGUACCUGGAGGUCAUAGGACAGCCAGCCAUGCCAAUCUACUGGGCCUUAGGGUACCACCUCUGUCGCUGGGGCUACAAGACCAGCAACGCCACCUGGGAGGUUGUCAAGAGAAUGAGGAAUUAUGGGAUACCGCAGGACGUCCAGUGGAAUGACAUCGACUACAUGGACCAAGCCAAAGACUUCACCUUUGACCCGACGAACUUCAACACCCUUCCGGACUUGGUGCGGGAUCUGCACGCUCACAACCAGACCUACGUCAUGAUAAUGGACCCAGGAAUCAGCAGCACACAGCCGGAGGGCUCCUACUGGCCCUUCGACGAGGGGCUGAAGAGAGGAGUCUUCAUCAAGGACGCUGAAGGGAAGACGCUAAUCGGGAAGGUGUGGCCUGGUCUGACAGCGUUUCCAGACUUCUCCAAUGAGGCGACGCAUGAGUGGUGGUAUGAAAACCUGCAGAGGUUUCAUGAGAAGGUGCCAUUUGAUGGCUUGUGGAUUGACAUGAACGAGCCGUCAAACUUCCUGGAUGGAUCCACUGUUGGCUGUCCGUUAAACAGUCUGGAAAGUCCUCCAUAUACUCCAGGUGUGCUGGGAGGUUUGCUCAGAUCUAAAACUAUUUGCGCCUCUGCACAGCAGAAACUGUCAACACAUUAUAACCUGCACAGUCUCUAUGGACUCAUGGAAGCUAAAGCCACCUCUAGUGCUCUGAAGAGGAUUUUAGCAAAGAGACCGUUUGUGAUCUCGCGCUCCACGUUCCCCAGUCAUGGCUCGUAUUCAGGUCACUGGCUGGGAGACAACAGGAGCCACUGGAAGGACCUUUACACCUCCAUCGCAGGUAUGUUGACCUUUAACCUUCUGGGCAUCCCGUUGGUGGGAGCAGACAUCUGCGGCUUCAGCGAGGAGCCACAGGAGGAGCUGUGUGUCCGCUGGACUCAACUGGGAGCUUUUUAUCCCUUCGCACGAAACCACAACUCCCUUGACAUGAAUCCUCAGGAUCCGACCGCUUUCAGCCCGUCGGCCCGUACGGCCAUGAAACAGGCCCUGCUGCUGCGUUACUCCUUCUUCCCAUUCCUCUACACCCUCUUUCAUCACGCUCACGUUAAAGGGCACACUGUAGCUCGGCCGCUCGUGUUUGAGUUUCCCAAAGACGUAAGAACUUACGGCAUCGACAGUCAGUUUCUCUGGGGGAGCAGCUUAUUGGUGACUCCUGUGUUGGAGCCUGGAGUGGACUAUGUGGACGGGUACUUCCCAGAAGGCCUGUGGUAUGACUACUACACCGGCGACUCUGUGAGCAGCAAAGGGGAAGAACUUCGCCUCAGUGCACCGAUGGAUAAAAUCAACCUGCAUCUGCGUCAGGGCUCCAUUAUUCCAACACAGGAGCCCAACGUGACGCUGUGGGUCAGCAGCGGUCAGCCGCUGCACCUGGUCUCUGCUCUGUCUGACGACGGCUCGGCCAGCGGCGCUCUGUUCUGGGACGACGGCGAAACCAUCGACACCUACGAGACGGACCGGUACACAUACGUUGUGUUCAACGUCUCCCAGAACACGAUGACGUCCAGCGUGCUUCACAGCGACCAGGAAGGCUCGUUCCUCAGCAUCGACUCGGCCUCCAUCUACGGGGUGAAGCAGAAGCCGAGCACGGUGCUGGUGAAUUCCCAGGAGUUUCCGUUCAUCUACAGAGACAACCAGGUCUUAUCGGUAGCGAGGCUGGGCCUCAGACUCACCCAGAACUUCACCAUCAGCUGGAUGUAACAAUCAGAUCCAGGAUUUCACUUCGCACAGUACUGUGUUUUAUCCUUUUAAAUCCAAGACACUGGAUUAUAUAUACAUAUAAAAAACAUGCCUGUAACUGUGACACUUCAUUGCUGAGCUAACUUUUAAAGCAUGGGGUUUGAUUUUUGCUCAAUGCUUGUAAACUACUCACUCAGCUCUGAGGGUCAGCCACUAGAGGGCAGUCUUUUCAAACAUAACAAGCCUGUUUUUUGGAUGUGGUCCCUAAAGUUCAGGUCAGACCCCAACUUUGGGUUAUAAAACAGAAUAUGGGGAUCUUAGAAAUGAUUGCGCGUGUCAUAAUUUACUGUCAGAUUUAAAAACUUGUCAUGAAUAGAUAAAAAGAAAAACUAACAUUAAACAACACUUGGUUUUGCCGGAUAUACCCUUUUCACAGAAUUGUAUGAAGUCAGAAACCAAAAGUUUGGGAUUCGCCGAUCACAAAAGCCAAAAUGUUUUUGUGAUCCGUCGGAGGGGAAAUGAAUUGGAAGUGAGUUAAUGUGCGCUUUGUUUUGAACAAGUUUUAACCCAAACAGCUUUCAUGUUUUACACACUAACGCUGAUCUACAAACUGAAGUUUGUGAGCACUGCUUUUAUUAUUAAAACUAUUCUAGAUUAAAUCUCAAUUCAAAUGAACCUUUUAGGAAUGAAAUGUGCAAUAAAGACAGGAGGAUUCCUUCCUUACAAUGUGACGAAUCUCCAUAUAGUUUUAAGAUUUUCAGUGCAACUGAAGUUGCAUGAGGAAUUUUUUUUUUUGGACUGUUGCUGCUGCAGUAUUUUAAAGUUAAGAAGGAGGUGCCUUAUAAUGAAUGUUUUUUUUUUUUCUUCUAUUAAAAGUUGUAUUAGUUUUUAUGCUGUUUCCAACUCUAGAAGCUGGACUAAGGUCGAGCAGAAAGACGUUUUGAAAAAUGUUUAGUCUUGACUGGACGCAGUUCAAUUCAGAUUCAAAUCCAGCUACGCUGAUUGACAUUUAAGUGACUUCAGUGUUCAUCUGAGUUUUGUUCUCACAUUUCUGUGUUUUAGUUUUGUAAUGCAACACUGUCAACUACAAACAUUUUAUGGACUGGUUUUGUUUUCAUUUCCUUUCUCUUCUCAGAAACCAGAAAUGAAACAAUUUAAAACAGAAAAAGCCAUAAAAGAUCAAAAACAAAUGGGACUCUUGCUUUAGCUUCAAAUGGCUGCUUUUUUCCUUUAGGAAAUAAUUUUAUGAAUUUAUUUUGUCAAGGUGUUUCUUAAUGUUGGGGGAGGGUUUCAACAUGGAUUGAAUUUUUAAAUUUUUUUUUAAAUUUUUAAAUUUUUUUUCCUUGCAUUUCUGUGUUUGAUUUAGAAAAUGCAUUAUUAGAUUAACUACAACCAAAGUUUUUAUUGUUUUUUGAUUAAUAGAUGUUUGGACUAAAAGUGUAAUUUGUUUUUAUUUAUCUUCACAAGUAAUGUCAAUAAGCAAUCCAUUUUGUUUUAAUAAAUUUUAGUUCAAAACUGCUGUUAAAAAUUAAUUUGUGUGACUUAAUGCUUCUGGUGUUUUGUGUAUAAAUGUAAACAUAUUGGCUCAUUUGCCUUUGCACACAUUUUUACUGACGUUCCAAUCUAAAUCCAAUGAAAAGUUGAUGAAAAGUCUUUUGCGCUACAAUGAGGUAGUUUUUAUACAGAGGUAUUUUGCAGAACUGCAAUGGAAACACUGUUUUCACAUCACAUGAGUCACGUGGGCAACAACCUAAUGUUACUACUGGUGGAAACGACAAAGAGGUGGUAGUAGGAUGUUUUUGGUGGGGGGGGGGGUUUCAGACAAUGUGCAACUGUUCACAAGUCAUAGAAAGUUU